GCAGGCGCGGUGGCGGCUCUCCGGCGGUCGGUGGAUUCUCGGUCGGCGGCGACGGUGGGGCCGGCGCCCUGGUAGCGGCGAUGGCGCUGGGCGAAGGCGGCGGGAGCCGGCUGCGGCGGCAGCUGGAGUCGGGGGGCUUCGCGGCGGGGGAGUACGUGAAGCAGCUGUCGCAGCAGUCGGACGGGGACCGGGACCUGCAGGAACACCGGCAGCGCAUCCAGGCGCUGAGCGAGGAGACGGCGCAGAGCCUGAAGCGCAACGUUUACCAGAACUACCGGCAGUUCAUCGAGACGGCGCGGGAGAUCAGCUACCUGGAGAGCGAGAUGUACCAGCUCAGCCACAUCCUCACCGAGCAGAAGGGCAUCAUGGAGGCCGUCACCCAGGCCCUGCUCCUCCAGGCCGACCGCGACGACCCCGCCCUGGGCGCCCGCCGCGCUGCCGCCGCCGCCGACCCCUUCCUGCCGCUGUCGGCCAAGGAGGCGGCAGCUAGCGAGGAGGGGCGGCAGCGGACCCUCACCACGCUCCUGGAGAAGGUGGAGGGCUGCCGCGACCUCCUGCCCGAGAGCCCUGGCAAGUACCUGGUGUACAACGGCGACCUGGUGGAGUACGAUGCCGACCACAUGGCGCAGAUCCAGCGGGUGCACGCCUUCCUCAUGAACGACUGCCUGCUGGUGGCCACGGCCCUGCCCAACCGCCGCGGUGCCUACCGCUAUGACGCUCUCUACCCCCUCGAUGGGCUGGCGGUGGUCAACGUCAAGGACAAUCCGCCCAUGAAAGACAUGUUCAAGCUGCUCAUGUUCCCCGAGAGCCGCAUCUUCCAGGCCGAGAACGCCAAGAUCAAGAAGGAGUGGCUGGAGGUGCUGGAGGAGACCAAGCGCAACCGGGCCCUCAGUGAGAAGCGGCGCCUGGAGCAGGAGGCCCUGCCCCGGCCUGCCCCGACACCCCCUGAAUCUACCAACCCCUUUGAGGAAGAUGAGGAGGAGGGGGAGGGAGAGCCCUCUGCUGAGGAGGAGGUGGUGGACCUCUCCCUCGAGUGGAUCCAGGAGCUGCCCGAGGACCUGGACGUCUGCAUUGCUCAGCGGGACUUUGAGGGGGCAGUGGACCUCUUGGAUAAACUCAGUGAGUACCUGGGGGACAAGCCUGUGAACCAGCCCGUGAAGGAACUGCGGGCCAAGGUAGACGAGCGGGUCCGCCAGCUCACAGAUGUGCUGGUGUUUGAGUUAUCCCCAGACCGCUCGCUGCGGGGAGGGCCGCGGGCCACCCGCCGGGCCGUGUCCCAGCUCAUUCGCUUGGGCCAGUCCACCAAGGCAUGUGAGCUCUUCCUGAAGAACAGGGCGGCUGCAGUGCAGACGGCCAUCCGUCAGCUGCGCAUCGAAGGGGCCACGCUGCUCUACAUCCACAAGCUCUGCCACGUCUUCUUCACCAGCCUCCUGGAGACAGCCAGAGAGUUUGAGACGGACUUCGCCGGCAACAACGGCUGCUACUCGGCCUUCGUUGUCUGGGCCCGCUCCUCCAUGAGGAUGUUUGUGGAUGCCUUCAGUAAGCAAGUGUUUGAUAGCAAAGAGAGCUUGUCAACUGCGGCAGAGUGUGUUAAGGUAGCUAAAGAGCACUGCAAGCAGCUUAGCGAGAUUGGACUGGAUCUCACCUUCAUCAUUCACGCCCUCCUGGUGAAGGAUAUCAAAGGUGCUUUGCAGAGCUACAAGGAUAUCAUCAUCGAGGCCACCAAGCACCGCAACUCUGAGGAGAUGUGGAGAAGGAUGAACCUCAUGACUCCAGAGGCCCUGGGGAAACUCAGGGAGGAGAUGAGGAGCUGUGGGGUGGGCAAUUUUGACCAGUACACGGGUGAUGACUGCUGGGUCAACCUUAGCUAUACUGUAGUAGCUUUCACUAAGCAGACUAUGGCCUUCUUGGAAGAAGCAUUAAAGCUUUACUUUCCUGAGCUGCAUAUGGUUCUUCUGGAGAGUCUUGUGGAAAUCAUCCUGGUGGCUGUCCAGCAUGUUGAUUACAGUUUACGAUGUGAACAGGACCCUGAGAAGAAGGCAUUCAUUAGGCAGAAUGCAUCCUUCCUGUACGAAACUGUCCUUCCUGUUGUGGAAAAAAGAUUUGAGGAAGGAGUUGGAAAGCCAGCCAAGCAGCUACAGGAUCUGAGAAAUGCUUCUAGAUUGAUGCGUGUAAAUCCAGAAAGUACCACCUCUGUGGUGUGAAGUGACAGAGCUGCUCUAAGGAACAGAGUGUGUGAAAGCACUUAUUGAAAUUGUUGUGUGUUUAAUAUAUGAAUGAAAUGGAGGGUUUUUUGAAUCCCUGAACACUGCACAAGCCUAACUGUUGCAUUCUGAAGCUGAAGACUUAAAAUCAAAGCUUGCAAGGAUGCGAUGCUUUUCUUGGUGGAUGAUUGGGUAGGGGAGUGAGAAGGUUGCAGUCACAUGUCCUUGGACAGUAUAACUUCUAAGAGUGGCUUGUGUAGCGUUUGUGACAUCGAAAAUAAUAUAACACACAAUUUUUUGGCCAGAUGCUUGUGAAAGUCUUAAAUACACAGACACAAUAUGACAGGAAAAAGUCACUCUCAUCAUGUCACUGUAGGAAUUCUUUUUUAAGGCAAUGUUCUGGCAGGAGGGGAAGUGCUGAAAUGCUUCGAGGGUGUGGUAUUUGGGGAGACAUCAUUCAGAUGUGACUCAGCACUGCAGGCAAAGGACAUGGAUUUGCACAGUCUGUUUUGUUUGGUAACAAUGCAGACUCCUCAGUUUCUGCAAUGUUCAGAUUCUCUUGGUUCAUUUCAGAGGCAGAUCUAAAUUAAAAAAAUUGAGGGGUUUGUAUGGCGUUUUCUAUUUGGGUGAAGGGGCUUCUUCUAUUUAAUAAGGUGGCCUGACAGCUUAAAUUACAGCCCUCUGAAUACAAACCUCUGCUGUCAGAAACAUUUGUUCCCUUGAGAGAAGAAGUGAGAAUAACUUUCUUCCCCCUUAUAUUCCUCUUCCUCGUUUCCUCGUGAACUUCACUGGGGGCAAGUCCAUUUGAUGAAGUGUGCACUCUUGCUUGAGCUGCUCUCAUAAAUACAUUAUGUGCUAUUACCUGCUGAUAGAGACCUCUUGAGAUGUGCAGGGCAAGGAAGAAGAACUGCAGGUACUGUUUAAUUUGGAAGAAGAUGCUCGUUUUGCCACAGAGAAGCAGCACAGGCUGAAGAGACUGGCCAUGAGGCUUUUUGUAAAUUAUGUGGUCUGCGAAAUACACACCCUGUCUCUCCUGCAAAUAUUAGUUGCUGUAAUGGAGCAGUAACCAAGAAGAACUAUCUUUUCUUUUUUUCUUUUUUUUUAGAAAGCACAAGGAGUGUAUUUGGUUGGGAACUCUAAUGUAGGUGGGGGCAGUUUAUGCAAAUAUUUGUGUGUUUAGAUUGAGUGGUGCUGAGGAUCUCAUUCACUGUGUAUCUCUGAAAAUAAAAUAAGCCAAGUCUUGUGUGAAGACUAACUUGA